GUGUCUGUUUUUUCCUACCGUUACAGGUGAACACAAGUCAUAACGUACAAAGAUUUUACGGAACACCUUUGCUAUGAAUUGGUGAUUUUUCCUCGACCCUACAGACCUUGGACAUAGAUUUGAUGAGUUCCACUUUGGCAAAUUCAUCAAUGUAUCUCAAGCAAGUGUUCUUCUUUGACAUCCAUCCAGCACUUGGCAAGUUAUUGCUUGCAGGAGCUGGCUACAUGGCUGAUACCAAUGUCACGUUUCCCUUUGAGAGGAUCGGGGAUGGAGAAUGCAGGACUACCGGUGGUGAUGGAGCUUGUGAGUUGGUUGCUGGCUGGAUGUGCAGGUAACCUUAUUCCGGCUUACUAUAGAGGUGAAGCUCGCUGCGAUCAAGAUAUUGGGAUACAGGGUGACUAUGACCUAACUGAGUUAGUGUGUGGAGCAUGCUCAGAUGUAUCCAGGGCUCAGAUGUGUCCAAAGCAUGGGACAGAUUUCCUGGAGUACAAAGGCCGCUACUGCUGUUCAGUUGCUGUGUUCUUCUGCUUUGGUCGAACACAUUUCUGCAAUGCUUGCAACGAUGACUUCCAAAGGAUCACCAGCAUUCCAAAGCCAGAUCUUCCUCACUGCCCGGCUGAGGAUUGACUCGGACCGGUGCUGCCUUGGAUCUAAAGCUUACCUCUACUUCAAGAUGUGUCCUGCAGCAUGUGCCGCAGCAGGAAUAUGGAUCAUCUACUGGGCAUCCACUUUGACUAUGAGAUCUUGAAAGCAACAUGAUAUUGUUUUAAAGAUAAGCAGUUUGGUACAAGAUUCUUUGAGGACCAGCAACUUGGAUGAUGUCACACAGUAUCAAAGGAGGAGGUGCUUUUGAGCCACGCCCACAGACCAACUAAUCUUGGCAUCACCUUCAAACCUCACCCCCAGAAAGCUGCCAAAAUUCGGAGCCAAAACACUCUGAUGCUUGCUGGUACAAACUGGGGAGCAAAGGCAAAGACAUUCCGCUCAUUUGCUCUAGCUCUCUGCUACUCAGUGGCUGAGUAAUGUAGUCCAGUCUGGAGGAACUUCGUCCACACCGGCCUUGUCGACGUCCAACUCAACAACACCAUGAGAACCAUCACUGGUGUAGUUUCUUUACAAGUUCAGAUUGGCUCCCAGUUCUGAGUAACAUUGCCCCUCCAGACGUCUGAAUGCAACAAUGCAUAAAUUAACAUAUAAAAUAACAAACCUGUGAAAAUCUGAGUUAUGUCAGGAGACAUAGUGACUGAGAAACCUUAUUAAUUUUCAGCAUGCAAACAUGUCAUGGUUCUAGUAUGAACUUCAGUAUGAACAGUGUUGUUUUUUCUCUUACUAAUCCUGUAGAGUACGUUUCACAUAAAGUGCUGAAUUAUUCUUUUUCUUUAGUUUUGUCCGAGAUCAAGAGAAGACACCGCACCCCCAAGUAGAAGAUCAUGAAGUACCAGACUAUUUCUCAUGGAAGAAGCCAAAGCUUGCUCUAACAUCUGAUGAACUCAAGUGAGUCCGGAAACAAGUCUACAAGUGAGUCAUAAUUUUGAUGUAAAUGUUUUACUUAAAACCUUCUGGCGGAGAUCUUACCCCAAGUUCGUAGUCAGAAGUUUGAAUCCAUUGAAGGCUGCAGUCAUGAGGGUAUGUCCCCCCAGAGUCAAGAAGGAUUGACGCCCCUGGUUUGUUGGAACAUAGCUGUCGAUGCUGUUUAAAAAAGAACAACUUUUGUAGAAUAUAUAGUGCUGUAUAUCUUUUGUGUUUUUGUUAAAUAAAAUACACUAUGGGGUUAUUAUUUGUUUAAAUUGCUGAUAGUAUCCCACCUCCAAAAGGUUCAUUUAAGUGCCAAAUAAUGGCUCAGAAUGCAUGACAGAGCAUCUAGUAGCCCAAAAAAAUCCGGGGCCCUUAAACGGGCUGCGGACCCCACGCCGUAUUGGCUUCGCAUACCGUGUCUCUGGCAAAACCCAGCACCCCUUGGAAUAAAAGUACUCUUGCGGGCCUGGAGGUUUCAUACCUCACCCUGAGGAAAAUCAUGUUUGUCCCUGACAGCUUACCUGUCUUGCACCAAGUAC